AUGGUGGAUAAUGACACGUGCCAGACCCCAAAUACCAAAUAUUUAACUUUUAUAUUGAUUUUAGCAGUGGCAAUAAAAAAGAAGUCCAAAGUCCCGGGUGUCAUGAUCACACAGUAUGUGGAGGAACUUCCAGAAGGAAAAAGCACUCCGGAUUUCAUCCGCAAACCCAUCGCCUUGACUAUUCAGGAAGGUAAACCAGCAAUUUUCAAAGCGGUGGUCAGUGGGGAUCCUAAACCAACUGUAAUAUGGACAAGAAACAAGGGAGACAUGUCAGACCCAGAAAAAUACCAGAAUUCCUAUGAUGAAACGGACGAAGAAUACACCGUACUGAUACCCAGUGUAUCGCCAGACCAAGAAGAUACCUACAAAUGCUUUGCAACCAAUGAGUUUGGAAGAGCAAUCUGCAUUGCCACACUGAAUGUUAUUAAAGGUAAGAAACGACAACAUAUGGUUUUGGGAUCAGCACUGCAUAUAUAUUUCAUAUUUGCCUUCGAGAUGAAUAAAACAGAAGCUCCUAAAGCAGAGGAUCCAGCAAAGUUCAGAAAACUGCUGAAGCCUAGGGCUAUAAAACCUAAAGCCGGGCCAAAGAAGGAAGGGGAGAUAGACCCAAAAUUCUGGGAGAUUUUACUGAGUUCAGAAAAAAAAGACUAUGAACGCAUCUGUUUUGAGUUUGGUGUCACAGACUACCGCUGGACGUUGACAAAACUAAACCAGAUAAGAAAAGAGAGAGAAAAAGAGCAAGCAGAGUUUAUUGAGAACCUUUCCAAGCUGAAACAUAUUGAGAUUAAACCAAGCGGUUUAGCAGAGUUUGAAUUUUCCAUGGAUCUAACGAACCCUCAGCAUCAAGUUUUCCUCUAUAAGGAUGGUGAAUUCAUUCCUCUUAGCAGUGACAAAGAUUCCAAGCACCACCUGAAGAAGACUGGCAGGAAAUAUGUGUUCAGCAUCAGGGACCUGACCCAAAGCGAUGCUGGGUUGUACCAAGUUUUUGUUGAGGAUGCCACCAUCUUCUCAACUGACUUCAAGAUUAUCCCCGUCGAGUUCAUCGUCAAAAUACAGGAGGUGAAGGCGAAAGAGAGAGAGGACGCGGUCUUUGAGUGCCUCCUCUCUCACCCCUUCCCAAAGAUCUUAUGGAUGGGUAAGAACAAGCCCCUGGAACAAGGGGAAAAGUUUGACAUCACCGUGUCUGAGGACAAGCUCAUCCACAGGCUGGUGGUGAAGGACUGUAUGCGCGUAGACGGCGGUAUCUAUGCAGCCAUGGCUGGCAUUAAGUCCUGCAGUGCAUGGCUUAUAGUGGAAGCUGACAACGAUCCUAAUCUUUAUGGUAAAAAGAAAGUUCGGAAAACCACCCAGGCAGGAGGUGCGGGGGUCGACCUGGCAAAAAUCGCCCAGGAGCAGCAAAUGAAACUGCAGAAGGAUAAGGAGGGCAUGAGUAACGCCAGCGAAGCAGCCCAAAAGCAGCCCAUCCCAGAAGCUGUGCCGGUCACCAACGAUGAUGGUGGAGCUCAGAAGAGCACAGGACAGAAUACAGAUUCUGGAAAGGACAAUGGUCCCAGACAAUACACAGGAACUCCAGAACCAAGCACAGAUAAGGAUGGAGCAGUGAGCAGUAAGGUAGAAGACAAGAUGGACCCAGAUGCGGUCAUUGAAAGUAAGCUUCAUUUCACCAGUGGGUUAUCGGAUAUCCGAGCUGUUCGGGGACAGCCAGCAGAGCUGACCUGUAAGCUCAGUAAAGACUGCGAUGGAGCCUGGUUCAAAGAUGGGGUGAAGCUCUCUACCUCAGAUAAAAUAUCCAUCUCUAAAAACGGGACUGAUCACACACUGAGGAUUCAUGGCUGCCAGGACGAUGAUGCGGGCCACUAUGAGUUUGAAGCAGAGGGAUGCAAGACUGAAGCUAAAGUCGCUGUUGGAGGCCCACCGGAGUUUGACUUGGACGACCUGCACAAGUUCUCCAAACCCAUGGUCGUGCGAGUGGGUCAGACUGCGGCCUUCAAACUGGCGUUCUCCAGCCAGGACGCGCUGGAGGCCCAGUGGUGGAAAGACGAGCGGGAGCUGAGGGACGGAGGGAGCGUGAAGCUGGUGAAGGACUCCACUCACAGCCGGCUGCUCUUCAGGGAGUGUCUGCGCUCCGACUCCGGAGAAAUCCGCAUCAAGCUCAGCAACCAGUUUGGCUCCGUCGAGGCCAAAACUACUCUCAGUGUCCUCGACAGGCCUGGUCCUCCACAAGGCCCGGUGGAGGUGGUCAGCACAUCCUCCACGCAGAUAGAGAUCAAGUGGGGACCACCCAAGGACGACGGAGGGUCCCCAGUGAGCAGCUACCUCUUUGAGCGGCAGCAGAUUGGGGACAGCAUCUGGAAGAAGCUGGGGGAGGUCCCGGCCGACCCCCUCCUCUUCCGGGACAGGAACGUAUCCCACGGGAGGAGGUACCGCUACCGAAUCAGCGCCCUGAACGCAGAGGGCGCUAGCGAGCCACUGGAGACAGAGUACCUGAUGGCAGGCACCUUAGUAUUCCCUGGUGCACCUGAUCCACCUAAAGUGGUCAGUGCUUUCAAGAACUGCAUCAACCUGUCAUGGACCGCCCCUACGGAAACCAGGGAAACAAAAAUUUUGGGCUACACCCUGGAGAAACGCAAGAAGGACACCACUCAGUGGAUUUCUGUGAACUCUGUGACUGAGCCUAUUGAAGAGGAGAAGUAUGCGGUGAAAGACGUCACAGAAGGAACGGUGUAUCAGUUCCGUGUAUCGGCCAUCAACAUUUCAGGGAUAGGGGACCCCAGUGGCCCCUCAGAACUGGUCUGCGCAAAGAAUCCUGACAUGAAACCACGAUUCAAAGAUCCAGAAGACUUCUUGGUGAUGCGAGCAGGAAAUUCUGUAAGAAUUAAAAUCAACUAUGAGGCAUCUCCUUUGCCAGAUAUCUCCUGGCUGAAGGACGGCGACCCGCUGCCCUCCUGGAUCAGUAUGAUCAACACAGACACGUCAUCCCAGCUCGUGAUCCCUGCUUCAAAUCGCACCGAUUCCGGGAUAUACACCAUCAGAGCCAAGAACUCGGUCGGGCAGGCAAGCUUCGAUGUUGAGGUCAGAGUCACAGACGAACCCAAGCCACCAGGCCCUAUAGAACUGGAGCAGAUCAUCCACGGGAAAGUGAUCAUCUCAUGGGAGGCCUCUCCUGACCAGACGGAGGAUGACAGGCUGUACUACGUGGUGGCGCAGCACGACUCAAACACGCGCGUCUGGAAAACCGUGGCCGACCGCCUCUUCGCCACCAGCUACACCGCUCUCAACAUCAUGUCCGGGAGAGAGUACCACUUCCGCGUGUUCGCCAAGAACGACAUCGGCCUUUCUGACCCCUCUGAGUCUCCCACCUGGGGAAUGAACUCGUCCAGGGCAACAGCAAGCACAGCCACAGCCCUCACCCUGGAGAGGCCCCCAUCGGUCCUGGUCCCGCUGAAGGUGCACAACCACCCCAACGGCUAUCAGUGCUACAUGACCUGUGCGGUGAGCGGCUCUCCCACCCCCCAUGUCACCUGGUACCUCAACAACACCAGCCUGGAGUCCAACAACGACUACUACAUGACCAACGCCUACGGGGUCUGCUCCCUCUACAUCCUCCGGGUCUCGGCCAAGGACUCCGGCGAGUACAAGGUGGUGGCGGUCAACUCCUUCGGCAAGGCAGAAUGCACCACAAAACUCACCGUGCAAGAUGAGAUGAUUAUGGGUAAUCACUUCGAGAUGAUGCUCAAUGACACAGUGGGUUUGAUGCUGGUCAUCGUGCUGAUGCACCUCAACCCAGAACAGCUGAAGUGCAGCCCAGCAGUUGUGUACAAGCUGUCCGGACACGUCAAGCCAACAUAA